UGAAAGGCUCUUACGUGAUGCACGUCUUGAACUCCAGUCUCAACCGCGAAUAUGCUUGAACUUUACGAAAGGCUUCAAGAUUCAAGGGGGAAUUUGAGGGGUAACCAAGGGGUAACAGCUAAACUUGGAAAAAGGUUUCUGCUACCGCAUUGCGCAUUCGGUGUUCAAACUUAACCGGGCAUUCACCUUCAUAUCCAUGGCCUUUCGUCUACCUUCAGCUAAGCAUGUCAUUCAUUUCCAGGCCAUCUUUGGCCGUUCCCUUUCACGUCUGCUUCUGUGCAGUCUAUUUUUCCGAGGCUACAUAAAACAGUCUGUUGGCUGAUCAGAUGCCCACGAACUAUUUGGUUACCCGAAAGACUAGAGAAUGCCAUACGAUUUUUGGAAGCUAGAUUCAGACCUAUAUGCACACGUCAAAGCGUCUGGACGUCCACAAGUGACGGCUCGCGAGAAUUGCAUGCAUCCCGUACACAUGAAUUCCUGUAACAAUGCUACUGCAUCAGCUGUUUUGCAGCAUCGUGCUCAGUCGAAGACUAGUUACUGUGGAUCGAGUUCUGGUGACCCGCAUGUUGAGGACUCAUUGUCGAGUUCUGAGAAAGCUGUGGCUCAGCAUCAUGCUCAAAGUGUGGCAAGGCAGUCUUUGCGCUACGGUUCCAGUGGUUCGCCCAACUAUCUGUACUCUGUUGAUCCGCAAUUGCCUAGCACAAUGCCGCACGCCAUUGGCAAAUUCCCCGCUACGCUCUUGCAUGUCCAUCGGGGAGAUAUACCCCAUGAACAAGAAUCGCCAACCCGAUGCCUGUGGAAGGACAGCCAAGGCCAGUGCAGCUUUACUGCGGAUACGGUCACGACCGUAAUGAAGCACGUAUCGUUGUACCAUCUUCAUGAGCAUCAGCACCCCGACUGCCAGGUGCAAUGUCGGUGUAGGGGCUGUCUGCUCCCGAAGACCAUAAGACGAGACACAAUUCUCAGGCAUAUCCGCGAAAUACACUACGGGGACAAAUUUCGCCGCAAGCACUCACCAUGAGUCCCAUCUGAACUUGAAAGACUGAUUACUUUGGGUCGCACUGUGUAGGAGGUGGUUCUAGUAUGCCUUCUGAUGAUAUACUAUUCCCGCUAUCGUAGCUAGUAUGUAUCUUGGUACGAUUUAUAUGACGUCCUGCCCGUACUUCGUUUGUACAUUAUAUACAACUCUUCAUUUGUUUCAGUCGCAUAUACUGUACAAGAGCGAACCUCACGUUUCCUGCCGUAAAUAUC